AUGAGGCCACCAGGCAUCCGGUCAGCCCCGCCACUGUUCCCCAGUGCAACACAAGUGAGCAGAGCAAUAUCCAUCCCACAGGUGCCACCUCCACAGACACCUUUCAGCCAAGUUUUGCCUACCCCCCGAUUACCGCCGCCCCAGGUACCCAUCAGCCAGUCCCUCGACUACUACAUACAAAGGAAGCCAGUAACCUAUCAGAAUCCACCAUCAAAACCAAACAUUCAAUCUAAAAACAGCACUGAAGAGGCAACAAACGAGCUUGACAAAAUUCUGUCUAAAAAUCAAAAUCAAAAUUUCAACAAAAAGGGGCCUCAACCAAAACUUGCUUUCAAUGUGAAGAAAAUUGAAUCUCCAAAACAAAUACAACCUAUCCCAGUUAGCCGCCUCGUUGCUGCUAAUGAAAAGGUAUCUGGUAAAACAGAUCCCCCAGAAAAGAAACAAGAAAAGGAAAAGGCAAAGAUACCUGAUAACCUGUUCGGAAAAGUCAUUGACCCUUUUAACAAAUUACAAAAGAAAGAAGAAAGCAAUGCCAGCAAAAAGAUUGCUGAUAAAGAAAUGAAGAAAGAUUUGAUAAAGGAUGCUAAGUUGAGUAGGGAAGUUCAAAACAGGGCGGACAAAAUAAGUGCCAAGAUUGCAGCAUCAUCAAAAGGACAAAGUAGGGAAUCUCAUGGAAAGGUAGUCGAGAAAAAUCUAUCAUUGACGGACACAAAACGGAGAGUAUUUUCAGAAGAGCCUAAGGAUGGCAAGGGGGACCCCAAAUCUCGUAGAAGGGAGAGGAAAAGUAGAUUUGACAACAGUGGUGAAAACAGUAAAGGAAACAAAAAAGGAGUUGAUAAAGAAAGGAAAGAAUCACCAGUUGAACUGGUAACCAGGGGAAGGCGUCCUCCAUUAACUGAUAAAAUGCCAACAGGGUCAAGGUCACCAAGACGUAUCUCUCCUGCUGCCCGAUCAAAGCGUUCACCAGGUAGGAAGUCACCUGAUAGAGGAAGGAAAGAGGACACAUCCAGAACAAGACUGUCUCCAGAGUACUAUAAAGACCGGGGGUCAUCAGGACGAAAGUCGCCUUCCGAAAUCGAUCUAGCUAGAGACAAAAAACGCUCCAGACACUCCCCUGAUCGUUAUCGUAACCAGGUUUCUCCUGGGAAUUCCUUAGACAGAUCUAGAAUGUCUUCAGAUCGUAUGCUUAAGUCUGGAAAGUCCCCAGAUCACUACAGGAAUAAGUCUCCCCCUAGUGAAUUACGUUCAGCAGAUCAAUAUCUAUCCCGUUCAAGGCAUUCACCUGGUCAUUACGGUUCGUCAGGCAGGUCAACCCACUCUCCUGACCAUCAUAUGAGAGGUUCAGAUAAAUGGUCCCCAGAGCGUAGUAUGGGGUCUCGAUAUCCUUCACAUCCAUAUGAUAAUCCAGCUUUCACCAAGGGGAUACAACUCACCGCCUCCUUAUGGAAGAGCAAGGUCAAGAUCUCCAAUAAGAUAUCACAACCAGAGGCAUUCCAGAUCAAUUUCACCAAGGUUAAGGAGGUCACCAGACCCAAGAUUAAGGUCAAGGUCACCAGACACAAGAUUGAGAAGAUCAAGGUCACCAGACCCAAGAUUGAGAAGAUCAAGGUCACCAGACCCAAGAUUGAGAAGAUCAAGGUCACCAGACCCAAGAUUAAGAAGAUCAAGGUCACCAGACCAAAGAUUAAGGAGAUCAAGGUCACCAGACCCAAGAUCCAAGGUCAAGAAGGUCAUUUUCUCCUGAUUCAAGGUACAGAAGAUCACCAGACCAUAGAUCUAAAAGAUCCAGGUCUCCGGGAGGCUUGCACAGAGGUCAACAGCAAGGAUCCCACAGUUCCUGGGGGCCCUGAUGGUCAAAUAGGUGGAACCAAUUUGCAGGUGUCCAACUUUGGCCCAAAUCAGUAUGGUAACAAUUUACCACCACCUAAUGUUGGCCAGUUUGGAAACCAGUUUCCUCCUAAUAUACCACCACCCAACAUCAACCAAGUUGGAAACCAAUUUGGUAAUACUGGAAACCCAUACAACAAUCCGCCUGUGUUGGCAGCCAACCAGUAUGGCAACCUUGGUCCUAGCCAGUUUGGUAAUAAUAUGCUACCACCUAAUUCUAUGUCUUCUGGGAAUUUGCCACAAAAUGUUGGACCUUAUGGGAAUAUACCACCCAUAUCCGGGCCUUAUGGAAAUCAGCAACCAAGCUCUGGACCUGGUCAGUAUGGGAAUCAAACGCUUAAUAUGGGGCCUGGUCCAUAUGGAAACCAGUUGCCAAACUCUGGACCUGGUCAGCUUGGAAACCAGACAAGUUCUGGACCAGGUCAGUUUGGAAAUCAAAUAAGCUCUGGACCUGGUCAGAUUGGAAACCAGAUAAACUCUGGACUUGGUCAGAUUAGAAAUCAGACAAACUCUGCGAUGGGUCAGAUUGGAGUCCAAACGAGCUCUGGACCAAGUCAGUUUGGGAAUCAAACAAGCUCUGGACCUGGUCAGAUUGGAAACCAGAUAAACUCUGGACUUGCUCAGAUACGAAACCAGACGAGCACUGCCCCUGAUCAGACACGAAACCAGACAAGCUCUGAGCUAGGUCAGCCGAGGUGUUCUGGAAUACAGCAGUCCAAUUUGGGGUCUAAACAGCAAGGAAGUGAGGAUAAGUCCUUGAUGCCCCCACCCAACACAUUCAGUGAACCAAGUCCACAUAGAAGCACAACCAGCAGGUCUGGGAGUCAAGGUUCAUCAUCAAACCUGCCACAGAGUAAUACAGGGCAACCUGGUACAAACAAACCACCAGUUCUUAAAGGAAUUCUAAAGAAAAAACCCAAUAAUCCAUCGGCAUCUGAAUCAUCAUCAGCAUCAUCCAUCUGGCAAUCCUUAUCUGGUGUACAAAGUACAAAGGGUGAGGCUGCUGCAUCAAAACGCUUCACAUCAGGGGCACUGAGUUCACUACAGGAAUCCUACAAGGAACCAACAGGUACCAUUCCUACUCACAUAGUACAAAAGCUACAAGAAUGGCUGCCUGGUUUGGGUGACAACCUCAUAUCUGGUCUCAAGGAUAGCCUUAAUCAAGUCAAACAUAAUGAAAGUCAGUUGAACCAAGGAGGUCAACCAAGCCAAGGGCAGACAACCCAUAGUCAACCAGGAUCAAAGUCACAGGAAAUGCCAUUUGGUCAACAUCGCUAUGUAGCAGAGCCAAAAAGGGACAUUACUCCUGGCAGGGAACAGGGACAGAAGACCCAAACAGGGAUGGAGGACACUUAUGAGUCAUUCCUCAAUGUGAUUGGCUAUAAGAAGACGGCAGAGAGUACCAAGCCUCACCUCCCCUCACACUACUCAUACAGGAGUGGCAGUGCCGAGUCCAGUAUCCCUGGUCUCGACAUUCCAGAGAGCACGGGUGAGGGUGAUCGAUUCAACAAGCCUCCUGUAAGUUCUCACCCAAGUCUGUUUCCCACCUCCUCGGACCGGCCUGCUGGGAGUAUGAGUAGACAGAUGGAUACCCUGGCUGGACCAGGGGCCCAUAUAGUUGGUUCCCAAGCUAACAAUCCGGUCUCUUCAGCAGCCUCUUUGCCAUACUUUGAUGCUCCAAUCAGUUUUAAUCGACCUGGUGUUUUCCCCACAGCUGCUCGACUGAACCAGAUUCUGAGGAAGUAGUGCGGGGUUAUAUGACACAAGUCUAUUUCAAACAUAUCUGCACAUGGUUGUGUUUGUCAUGAUAGCAUGAAUGUGUAAAAGAAUGAAGUGCUUUAGAGUAAUUCCUCAUUUAUAUGAUAUAUUUCUCAGUCUUUGAGAUAAGGUACCAGUUUCUACUGUAAUACUGGCCAGAAAUGUAUUUAUAAUGUGUUGUACUUGCAAAUUAAAUGUCCAUUGAGAAAAUCAUAUUGUUGAACAUGUUGGAUUUGUAUAAAUUACAAGACAGUUGAAUCAUGACUGAAUAUUGCAAUGUAAAUAACUAAUUUUAAUGUACAAUAAAAAGCGUAAUUGUAGGAGAUGAUGACAUCAAAAGUAAAUGCGAGGAUGUUUGAGUAAUUUGUAUCAGGUUCAUCUGUUAUGAAAUUAUUUUAGGUGGCCAUUUUUUAUCUUUUUAAUUUAAAGUUAUUUUUCAAUUCUUCAUCAUACAAAAAAGUGAAAUAUCAAUUUUCAAAAUUUUUGGCAAAUUUUAGUCAAUUGCUUUUAUAAUUAAAGACAAAAUAUCAGCUUGUCUUGAAGACGUUAACUUAAUCAAAAUAUUACUGUUAUAUAUAACUUGUGUUAUCAAACCCACUUGAUGGUGGUUAAACUGGAAUUGCUGUCCAUCUUUCCAUCCGUCUGAAGAUGUAAGUUAGGGGGUUAAACUUUCCAUCGGUCUGAAGAUGUAAGUUAAGGGGUUAAACUAGAAUUGCUGUCCAUCUUUCCAUCCAUCUGAAGAUGUAUGUUAGGGGGUUAAACUUUCCAUCGGUCUGAAGAUGUAAGUUAGGGGGUUAAACUGGAAUUGCUGUCCAUCUUUCCAUCGGUCUGAAGAUGUAUGUUAGGGGGUUCAACUUUCCAUCGGUCUGAAGAUGUAAGUUAGGGGGUUAAACUGGAAUUACUUUCCAUCCAUCUACAGAUGUAAGUUAGGGGGUUAAACUAGAAUUGCUGUCCAUCUUUCCAUCCGUCUGAAGAUGUAAGUUAGGGGGUUAAGCUAGAAUUGCUGUCCAUCCAUCUAUAGAUGCAAGUUAGGGGGUUAAACUAGAAUUGCUGUCCAUCUUUCCAUCGGUCUGAAGAUGUAUGUUAGGGGGUUAAACUAGAAUUGCUGUCCAUCUUUCCAUCCAUCUGUAGAUGUAAGUUUGGGGUUAAACUGGAGUCACUGUCUGUCUGUCCAUCCGUCUGUAGAUGAAGAGUUUGUCAGAGGUAAUAUUGCUGGAAAAGUUAUAUCCCCUUUAAUGAUGUGCUGCAUACUGUUCAAGCAAUCUUAAUGAAUGGUGCCUAAACAAUUGUGCACAAGUAGUUAACAAUUUAUUUUUCAUUUUGAUGAUUUUCAUUUGAAUUAUGUCCUUUUUAUGAAGUUAUGGUACAAAAUUCUUUUACAAUUGCAAUUUUUUUUUUUAUAUUUUAACUUUAUUCUAGUCAAGUAUUGAAUGUGCUAAAAACAGGAUUGCUGUUACAGGUAUCUUGGAUGAACAUUGUGAGAAAAGGGUAUCUUGGAUGGACAUUGUGAGAAAAGAAGUAUCUGAUGAAAGUCAGGAUAUUGAUGGUUUUUGGCAUCCUUUGUACAACUUCAUUCAAUUUGGUCUAAAGUGGAAUUUACCAGUUCCUUUCAUUUGAAUUUUUUCCAUUGUUCUUGAUUGUGUUCUUUCUUAUUUUAAUUAUAAUUUGAAUUAGCGAUGAUGAAAUCAAAACUGAUUUUCUGGAUGAAUUGAUUCAGAUGAUGGCAAUAUCGGAAAAGUUUAUAGGUGCAAACUCCCAAUAGAUCUCUUGUUUCCUUCUCAUGUGUACAAUCAACAUGUCACUAGACCUCACAAUCAGAAAUUCCCCCUGAAAUCAGUGUUAACCUCAACAUAUCAUUUAUUUUGGGUUCAGCCAAUUACAACGGUUGAUCCAGGUAAAUUUGGUCAAUGUGAAUCUUUAUAAAUAAGGAAGAUUCAUUGAGAAACAGUGUAAUUGCAUUUAUAAUGAAAAUGUACCUGAUAUUUUGAAAUUGCCUUCACCAAAUCCUUGCGAUUCUGUGAAUAAAUAUUUAAAUCAUG